GUAGAUCUGGGGUUAAUAUCUGACUUUGAUGUCGACAGCAAGCAGGAUGAGUGAACAGAACAAGAGCCAGUCCACGUUUUUCCCGCUCGUCAAGGCAGGAGCUUUGAGCGGCUCUCUCGGACUGGUGUAUGGAGGUGUUGCAGGUGUCAUCCGGUCUCCUAAUCCGGUGAUCCAUUCUCUAUCUUGCGGUGUUCAAUGGGCUGCAACCGGGAGCGGCUUUUGGUUCUUGAGAGAGAACAUCUUAAAAUAUCGUUUCGAAAACAAUGCCGAUCCUAAGCAACGCGCUUAUGUCAGCGCUCUAUCAGGGGGUAUCGCUGGAGGCACUGUUACCCGACUACUAGGGGGUCGACUAAUUCCAGGAGUGGUGUUCUUUUCGGCACUAGGCUAUCUGGGCCAAAGCACUUAUAAUGCGAUCGACACAUGGCAAUUAGAAAAGGCCAACACUCCAUCGAAGCCGAUCCUUCAGCGGAUCGCCGAUUCUAAAUGGAUUCCGCUCAAGUCCCUCUCCGAUGAUGAUUAUAGGGGGAUUUUGUGCGAGAAGCUCCUGAGCAUUGAGGCUGAGAUCGCGCUCCUAGAUGAAAAGAUUGAAGGACUUGAGAAGCUCAAAUCUCAAGAGCCAGAUCUUUCCUCGUCCGACCCAGCCACCAGGUGACCCAAAAGUCGAGUCCAUAAAUCCCUACCACGAAUGGCCUUGCUGUAAUAGAAUGUUACGGGUUAUUUUCUCCCUGGCCCUUGAAGCGCGUAAGAUCUGGCUUGCUGCAACUCUUGACCUAGCCACGCCGAUGCGGAGCACUGCGAAGAUCAUGCGGCUAUUCCGGC